GUCGCAAACGUGUGUUUUGGCGGUUUUGGCUAUCUGCAUUGCAAAAAUCAACAAAGAAAAAAUCGUCGCAAUCGUUAGAUUACAGUAAGAUUUUCUCAAUUUCGAUGUCAACAAGUUUGAUCCAAUUCAAUAAUCUAAAAUAAAUCUCAAGGAAUAAAGUGACAAUGUCGUCGAUAGAAAUUCAGUCUUUACUUAAUGCAUGUUUCUCUGGUGAUGAGUCGACAGUAAGAAAUAUUCUUUCUCGAAACAAUUUUGAUGAUUACCUCGCAUCAUCUUCUGGUUAUUCACUACUUUGUAGUAUGCUUCAAAAUUCUAUUUAUUCACCACAACGUCGUAACGAAUUACAAGCAGAAUACGAAGUGUACGAUCAACUUUUAGACAAUUUUCUCGAAAUUUCAAAACUUCUUUUGCAACGUCCUGUCAAAGUAAAUGACGAAACUCGAGAUCACGAUCAGACUCCACUUCAUUUCGCAGUCGAAAUUGGAAAUGUGGAAAUCGUCAAAAUUUUGCUGGACAAAGGAGCUAUUGUUAAUGCAACAAAUCAGAAGUUAAAUACACCUCUACAUAUUGCUGUUACAGAUUUGAAUAAUCAUUCUGAAAGUAUUAUUCAACUUUUACUUGAAAAUGGAGCUGAUUUGAAAAUUUUUAAUAAGGUUAACAAUACACCUUAUCAUGAGGCGCUUAAUGAUAGAAUUAGGCGUAUUUUAUCACAGCAUGAAAUAAAGAUGCUUUUUGAUAAUGAUGAGGAUAUUGAGAAAACAGAUUCUAAUUAUUAUACAGCGUUACAUAGAGCGGUGGAAUGUAAGAGUUGUGAUCUUGUUGAAUUUCUAGUGUCUAGAGGAGCUGACGUGAAUGCGGAGACAAUGCUCGAAGAAAAACCUCUACAUCUUGCUAGCCAAAUUCGUCAUAAAAAAAUUUCACUUCUUCUUUUACGAGCUGGUGCAGACGUUAAUGCUACUGUCACUUAUUCAGAUGACACUCCACUACAUUUGGCAGCCAAACAUUUAUCCAAUGAAGACGAUGGCGAAUUUCUAAAGUUUCUCAUAAAUAACGGUGCUAAUUUAACUGCUAAAAAUAAAUAUGGCCUAAUUCCUUUGAAUUACGCCGUUGAAAAUCUAUCUUUGAUUGGUGCUACAAUUCUUCUGGGUGAAAAUCCAGAUAAUUGCGAUAUGACUCUAAAAAUGGCUUUUUGCCUUUCUUUUCUGGGUUCCUAUUAUGAAAAAUUACCUGAUCUUAAAAUUCCUAAAGACCGAAGUGAUAAGCGUAAUAACAAGCUAAUCUGUGAAUUAUUUUAUAAUCAUGGUUUUAGGCUUAACACCGAAGAUAUAAAAAAUAUGCUUAUUCCAGAGAAAUUGUCAUUAGUCUCUCUAGAUCAUUCAAGAAUGAUAGAACACAGAAACAAUGUGCAAAAUCUUUUAAAUAAAGAGGAAACAUCCUGUGACGAAAAAAUGAGGCAAGAAUUUCUAGAAUAUUACGUAUUAAUUGGUGCCAUUAAAUACGGAUUUACUGAUAUUUUUUACAAUUUCUUACCCAAUGUUUGUAACCUCAAUACUUAUUUGAUUGAUGGUUACACACUAUUGCAUCAUGCCUGUGGAAAAGGACGCUUUACUAUUAUUAACGAACUUUUGGCACGUGGUGCCAAUGUGAAUGCAAUUGGAGACAGAAAGAAAUUUUCACCUCUUCAUGUAUCAGUGAAACACAAUUUCGUAGAAAUUACUAGAAUUUUAUUAACAAAAAAUGCCAAUAUUAAUUCUUGCAGUAAGAGAAAUGAAACCCCACUUUGCAUUGCAGUUCAUAUGGAUAGUUUCGAAUGCGUUCAAUUACUUCUAGAAGCUGGCGCUAACGUUAAUUGUAUUAAUUCCGAAAACCACUCUCUACUUUACUAUGCUUUUGCCUUGAAUGUAAUUAUAAAUAUUACAAAACUACUUCUGCAUUAUGGUGCAACUUGCCUUCCAGGGGAAAUGGAACCAAUAUUUGAUUAUUUAAGAUCUCAAUCUGAAUACGAUGAAAUAAUUGAUUUGUCAUGUGAUCACAGCGUAAAUUUAAUCUUAGAUCGCAAUUAUUCUAAAUGCCCCAACGAACUUGAAGAAAUGAAAAAAACAAAAAUUAGUGAGACUGAUGUGACAAUGUACGAUGCCCUAACUAUGUCACAUAGACGACUUUCUACUUUAAUGCGAAAUGAAAAUUUUCUCGACUUUAUAAAUUCAUUUGAUUUUAAAACUUCAUUUCCGAAUUUUGCCCGUCGAUUUGAAGUGCGUGUAAAUAAAGCAGAACUUGAGAAGCGAUUAAUAGAAUUAAGUUACGACUGUUUUCGAACUAUAGUAAAAUUUCAAUUACCCAUUCUCGUUUUAAACGAAAUUAUAUCGUACAUUGACACUGCAGAUUUACAUCGAUUUGUAAUCGCUUCACCAAUUAAAUCAGAAAUGAAAAAAACUGUGCAUUUCCAUUGUUGUGUUGAAAUCUCAAGGAAUAAAGUGACAAUGUCGUCGAUAGAAAUUGAGUCUUUACAAAAUGCAUGUUUCUCUGGCGAUAAGUGGACAGUCAAGAAUAUUCUUUCUCAAAACAAUUUUAAUAAUUACCUCGCAUCAUCUUCUGGUUAUUCACUACUUUGUAGUAUGCUUCGUAACGAAGCAGAACACGCAAUGUACGAACAACAUUUACCCAAUUUUCUCGAAAUUACAAAACUUCUUUUGCAACAUCCUGUGAAAGUAAAUGACGAAACUCAAGAUCACGAUCAGACUCCACUUCAUUUUGCAGUAGAAAUGAGAAAUGUGGAAAUCGUAAAAAUUUUACUGGCAAAAGGAGCUAUUGUUAAUGCAAGAAAUCAGAAGUUAAAUACACCUCUACAUAUUGCUAGCCAAAUUCGUCAUAAAGAAAUUUCACUUCUUCUUUUACAAGCAGGUGCAGAUGUAAACGCUACUACUGAUACAGAUGACACUCCACUUCAUUCCGCAGCCAAAUAUAUAUCCGAUGAUGACAAUGGCGAAUUUCUAAAGAUGCUCAUAAAUAAUGGUGCUAAUUUAACGGCUAAAAAUAUUGAUGGCCUGAUUCCUUUGAAUUACGCCGUUUAUCGUCUAUCUUUGAAUAGUGCUACAGUUCUAUUGGGUGAAAAUCCAAAUACUUGCGAUAUGACUCUAAAAGUGGCUUUCUGCCUUUCCUUUCUACGUUCCUAUUAUCAAAGAAUAUAUAAUCUUAGAAUUUAUAGAGAACAUAGUUAUAAACGUAUAAGCAAGUUAAUCUGUGAAUUAUUUUAUAAUCAUGGUUUCAGGCUUAACAUCGAAGACAUAAAAAAUAUGCCAAUUUCAGAGAAGUUGUCAUCAGUCUUUCUAGAUGAAUCAACCAAGGAAGAAUAUAGAAACAUUGUGCAAAGUCUUUUCAAUAUAGAAGAAACAUCCUGUGACGAAAAAAUGAGGCAAGAAUUUCUGGAAUAUCAUGUAUUAAUAGGUGCCAUUAAAUACGGAGCUAUUGAUAUUUUUUACAAUUUCUUACCAAAUGUUUGUAACGUAAAUACUUGUCUGAUUGAUGGUUACACAUUAUUGCAUCAUGCCUGUGAAGGAGGACGCUUAACUAUUAUUAACGAACUUUUGGCACGUGGCGCUAACGUUAAUUGUAUUAAUUCCGAAAAUCACUCUCUACUUUACUAUGCUAGCGUUUUCAAUAGAGACAUGAAUAUUACAAAACUGCUUCUGCACUAUGGUGCAACUUGCCUUCCAGGGGAAAUGGAAGCAAUGUUUGAUUAUUUUAGAUCUAAAUCUGAAUACCAUAAAAUAUUUGAUUUGGCAUGUGAUCACAACGUAAAUUUAAUCUUAGAUCGAAAUUAUCCUAAAUGCCCUAACGAACUCGAAGAAAUGAAAAAAUCAAAAAUUAGUGAAACUGCUGUGACAAUGUAUGAUCUCCUAACUAUGUCACAUAGACGACUUUCUAUUUUAAUGCGAAAUAACGAUUUUCUCGACUUUAUAAAUUCAUUUGAUUUUAAAACUUCAUUUCCGAAUUUCGCCCGUCGAUUUAAAGUGCGUGUAAAUAAAGCAAAACUUGAGAAGCGAUUAAUAGAAUUAAGUUACGACUGUUUUCGAAUUCUAGUAAAAUUUCAAUUACCCAUUCUCGUUUUAAACGAAAUUAUAUCGUACAUGGACACUGCAGAUUUACAUCGAUUUGUAAUUGCUUCAUCAAUUAAAUCAGAAAUGAAAAAAACGGUGCAAUUCUAUUUCUAUUUGGAACAAUGGAAUUGCACCGCUUUUUUCAUUUCUGAUUUAAUUGGUGAAGCGAUUACAAAUCGAUGUAAAUCUGCAGUGUCAAUGUACGAUAUAAUUUCGUUUAAAACGAGAAUGGGAAAAGACGAUUUUAAAUACAUUGAAUACAGGAAUAAAGUGACAAUGUCGUCGAUAGAAAUUGAGUCUUUACAAAAUGCAUGUUUCUCUGGCGAUAAGUGGACAGUCAAGAAUAUUCUUUCUGAUCACAAUUUUAAUGAUUACCUCGCAUCAUCUUCUGGUUAUUCACUACUUUGCAGUAUGCUUCAAAAUUCUAUUUAUUCACCACAUCGUCAUGACGAAUUACAAGAAGAAGACGAAAUGUACGAACUUUCAGACAAUUUUCUCGGAAUUUCAAGACUUCUUUUGCAUCAUCCUGUGAAAGUAAAUGACGAAACUCAAGAUCACGAUCAGACACCACUUCAUUUUGCAGUAGAAACUGGAAAUGUGGAAAUCGUGAAAAUUUUACUGGCAAAAGGAGCUAUUGUUAAUGCAAGAAAUCAGAAGUUAAAUACACCUCUACAUAUUGCUGUUACAGAUUUAAAUAAUAAUCAAUCUGAAAGUGUUAUUCAACUUUUACUUGAAAAUGGAGCUGAUAUAAAAAUUUGUAAUGAGUUUGGCAGGACACCUUAUCAUGAGACGUUUAAUGAUAGUAUUAAGCGUAUUUUAUCACAGCAUGAAAUAAAAAUGCUUAUUGAUAAUGGUGGGGAUAUGGAGGAAAGAGAUCUUGCUGGUUUUACAGCGUUACAUAGAGCAGUGGAAAGUGAGGGUUAUGAUCUUGUUGAAUUUCUACUAUCUAGAGGAUCUAACGUGGAAGCUGAGACACAUUAUGAUGGAAAACCUCUACAUCUUGCUAGCAGAGUACGUCAUAAAGAAAUUUCGCUUCUUCUUUUACGAGCAGGUGCAGACGUUAACGCUACUGCCACUUUUUCAGAUGACACUCCACUUCAUUCGGCAGCCAAACAUAUAUCCGAUGAUGACAAUGGCGAAUUUCUAAAAAUGCUCGUAAAUAACGGUGCUAAUUUAAUGGCUAAAAAUAUUGAUGGUCUGAUUCCUUUGAAUUACGCCGUUCAUCGUCUAUCUUUGAUUGGUGCAACAAUUCUUCUGGGUGAAAAUCCAAAUACUUGCGAUAUGACUCUAAAAAUGGCUUUCUGCCUUUCCUUUCUGGGUUCCUAUUAUCAAACAAUACCUGAUCUUAAAAUUUCUAAAGAACAUAGUAAUAAACGUAAAAGCAAGUUAAUCUGUGAAUUAUUUUAUAAUCAUGGUUUCAGGCUUAACAUCGAAGACAUAAAAAAUAUGCCAAUUCCAGAGAAAUUUUCAUCAGUCUCUCUAGAUUUUGCAACGAUGAUAGAAAAUAGAAACAUUGUGCAAAGACUUUUAAAUAAAGAAGAAACGUCCUGUGAUGAAAAAAUGAAACAAGAAUUUCUGGAAUAUCAUUUAUUAAUAGGUGCCAUUAAAUACGGAGCUACUGAUAUUUUUUACAAUUUCUUACCAAAUGUUUGUAACGUAAAUACUUGUCUGAUUGAUGGUUUUACAUUACUGCAUCAUGCGUGUGAAGGAGGACGCUUAACUAUUGUUCAGGAACUAUUGGCACGUGGUGCCCUUGUAAACGUAAAUGGAGGUAGAAAUGAAUUAUCGCCCCUUCAUGUAUCAGUGAAAUACAAUUGGGUAGAAAUUACCAGAAUUUUAUUAACUAACAAGGCCAAUAUCAAUUCCUACAGUCACAGAAAUAAAACCCCACUUUGCAUCGCAGUCUAUAUGAAAAGUUUCGAAUGCGUUAAAUUACUUCUAGAAGCUGGCGCUAACGUUAAUUGCAUUACUUGCAACCACACUGUACUUUUCUACGCUGUCGCCUUGAAUAUAAACUUAAAUAUUACAAAACUGCUUCUGCACUAUGGCGCCACUUAUUUUCCAGAGGAAAUGGAUCCAAUAUUUGAUUGUUUAAGUUCACAAUCUGAAUACGAUGAAAUAAUUGAUUUGUCAUGUGAUCAUAGCGUAGAUUUAAUCUUAGAUCGCAAUUAUCUGAAAUGUCCUAACGAACUCGAAGAAAUGAAAAAAACAAAAAUUAGUGAAACUGAUGUGACAAUGUACGAAGUCCUGACUAUGUCACAUAGACGACUUUCUACUUUAAUGCGAAAUGAAAAUUUUCUCGACUUUAUAAAUUCAUUUGAUUUUAAAACUUCAUUUCCGAAUUUUGCCCGUAGAUUUGAAGUCCGUCUGAAUAAAGCAAAACUUGAGAAGCGAUUAAUAGAAUUAAGUUACGACUGUUUUCGAAUUAUAGUAAAAUUUCAAUUACCCAUUCUCGUUUUAAACGAAAUUAUAUCGUACAUUGACACUGCAGAUUUACAUCGAUUUGUAAUCGCUUCACCAAUUAAAUCAGAAACGAAAAAAGCAGUGCAUUUCCAUUGUUCCGAAUAGAUUAAAAGUUUAAUUCACAUUUCUAAUUUUCGAAUCUAGAACAAUGCAUUUAUUUCGAUCAGUUUACAUUUGAUGUAAUAUAAAAAGUUUUUGUAUCAGUUUAUGUAC